GAAAGUGAUUUAAAGAUGACGGACGGCUUUGGUACAAUCACUUGGUGGGGUUUUAGUCCAGCACUUGAUCUUCAGGACACCGACUUCCUAUCAGCUCUAAAGGGACUGAGACUGGACAAAGAUGAUGGACCAGAAGAGUUGCGGAUCCUUCUGGUGGGGGCUGGAGACAUGAGACAUCUGCUUACUACCAUGGCAAGAUCUUACCGUCACAGAAAGAGGAAACUCCAUUUCUACAUAAUUGAAAAUAACCUGGAACUGUAUGCCAGAGAUAUACUGUUUAUGACCAUUGCAUUAGAAACUCAAAAAAGGAUGGGUUUACAAGAAAAGACAGAGCUGUUUCUUGAGUUAUUUGGAAACCUUCUUGUGCGGAAACAGUCCUGUGAAUAUGUGGAGAAAAUGGCAACAGAGUUUAUAAAAAUGGUUACUGACUUUGAUUACUUAGAAAAAAAACUUCCCAUCUUUGAUUUAUCACAGCUAAAGUACAAAGAGCGUGAUUUCCUAGAGAGUAUUUUCAAAGUGUGGAGACUUUCUGAUACUAAAUUCUUUGAUGCAGAGAAAGUUUGGGACUUGAGACUUCGUCAGUUAAUGGGAACCCGAUAUGACAACAGACUCAAUAUUUUUGACUGGGAUCUCAACAUGAAGUUAGUCUACAGAGAUGCUGACAUCAUCAACUCUCAUGAGUACAGGAAAUGGAGAAACCAGGGAAUAGCAUUUGAGGUACGAGAAGGAAGCUACGACACCCCGAACCGAACACUGGCAUCAGGAAUGGUAUUUAAGCAUGAAGGAGAACGGCACCACAGACGGGGCUACUGGGGAGACAUACUUGUCAGUCCCUAUGUUGCACUUGGCAUCGAGUGUGAGGACAAAUCUGUCUUCAAAAAAAGCAACAAUGUCUAUCAGAAGACUUCUCAACACCUUGCUGAAUACAACGUACUGUCAAUGUUUCACGAGAUUGCAACACAGACAAAGUAUGUGAAACCACAACCACAGGAUGACAUAUCUGACAGUAAAGAUUCCAAGUCAGAUGGUCCCACGAUCACAGACAUCACAGAGGAAACAGAGGAAGAUGUGAAAAAGGAAGAAGAGACAGAGAGGACAGCAGCGGAAACACUAAAAAAGUUAGAGGAGGAAGCUGAUGCUGAUGCUGAGGAGCAAGCAAGAAAGCAGCAGGGAUGUCCUGAGACGUCAACACUGGACCAGGAAUAUGAGUCGAUGCCAGUGGAUGGUUUUAAAGUGACUUUCCUGCCAGUCAGCAGUCUUACUGAGCUCUCGAAGAAGAGCAAGUAUCAGAAACUUUUCCAUGUGAUAUACUUUGCCAAUAGUCUAGUACACCUACUAAAGGAGGAUGUGUCCUCAAUUUUUGCCGACCGUGCCACAUUGAUAUUGGAAUCAGCAAAGUACAUGUUAGAACUGAAGCUGGAACAAGUGGGUGAGUUUGGGAAGACGGUGACAUCCAUAGCUACUGAUGCAGGAUGUGAGGCUGUGGAUAAUGGAGAUUUUGAGAAAGCAACAUUCUUUAAAUUUUCUUACAACCGAAAAUCCAGCUGAGAAGAUGAAGAAUAAUUAGAUUUAUGUAACUCACUACAAAGGUUUCAGACUUUGUGCAAUAAUUGUCACCAAAGUGGUAAAGACUCACAGAAUGCUUUAUUAUGCUUGCCACAAAUACCAAUGGAGCUGUGGAGAAUAUCCCAACGUCAAGUUUGGUUUUUAACAGAACCAAAUUAGGAUAUCAUGAAUAUGACAGGGCUGAAGCUCAUCACUCUGUCAAUAAUCAGUGACAUUACCGUACUUAAAUACUAUAGGCUUACAGCUGAGAAAUGUCUGUGUGUGAAAUCAAUGUGAAUGACAGCUAUUUAUUCUAAUAAUGAUUCAGUC